AUGGAUGAUAAUGAUAAUCAAGUUAAUAGCGUUGGAAAAUGGGGUCCACGACAGAAACACCACGUUGAUCCAAAUCGGCAAUGGGCGGCUCAGAGCCGUCGUUAUGAGUGGAAAGACACUUAUGAUGAUGAUAUCGCUCCAACAGAUCCAGAGUUGGAGACAGAACUUUUUGGAGAAGAGAAUCAUGUACAUACAGGUAUCAACUUUGACAAAUAUCAAGAAAUUAAAGUCUCUGUCACGCCCGAAAAUAGAAUAAGGCCAGUAGAAGCGUUUGAUGAAGCAGAACUUCAUCCAGUGAUGAAGGAAAAUAUUAGGCUGGCUAAAUAUACUAUCCCUACACCGGUUCAGAAAUAUUCAAUACCUAUCAUUACUGAUGGGAACGAUUUAAUGGCGUGCGCUCAGACCGGUUCUGGUAAGACUGCAGCCUUUCUUAUUCCAACAUUAUCUAAAUUGUUCGGAAAAGCCAAAAAACUUGCUGCUCCCCGCCCCCAAUCUGGAGCACGUAGGUUCAAAGCUGAACCAUUAGUUUUGAUUAUCGCUCCUACGAGAGAAUUGGCUACUCAGAUAUUCGAUGAGUGUCGUCGAUUUACUUAUAGAAGCAUGUUGAGACCUUGUGUCGUAUAUGGUGGUGCGGAGGUAGCUCCCCAAAAAAUCGAAUUGGCCAAAGGUUGUGAUGUUUUAACAGCAACUCCAGGUCGAUUAAAUGAUUUUCUUGAAAGAGGGAUUGUUAGCCUUCGUAGAGUCAAAUAUCUCAUACUUGACGAGGCUGAUCGCAUGUUAGAUAUGGGGUUUGAAACCGAUAUCAGAAAAAUCGUACAAAAAUCAGAUUUAUGCGAGGACGGGUCCAGGCAAACGCUCAUGUUUUCUGCCACAUUUCCAAGGCAGAUCCGUACCCUUGCUACAGAUUUUUUAGCGGAAAAUCAUUUGUUCUUAAAAGUUGGUCGAGUGGGUGGUACUACAAGUGAUAUCACUCAAAAGAUUAUGUUUGUUGAAGAUCAAAAUAAACGUAAUUCUCUUGUCGAGUUAUUAUUAAAGCAACCACCAUCUCGUACCCUCAUAUUCGUUGAAACAAAACGUGGAGCUGAUUCGCUUGACGAUUACUUGUAUAAUCAAAAUUUUCCAACAACAAGUAUUCACGGAGAUCGUAAUCAACGCGAAAGGGAAGAUGCAUUAUUAGCGUUUAAAACUGGAAAAUCUCCUAUCUUAAUUGCUACAGCUGUUGCAGCUCGAGGACUCGAUAUCAAAAACGUGAUGCAUGUUAUUAAUUAUGACCUUUGUAAUGAAAUAGAUGAGUAUGUUCAUCGUAUUGGAAGAACGGCACGUGUUGGCAAUAAAGGGUUGGCUACUACCUUUUAUAACGAGAAAAAUUCAGAGGUUGCUACCGAACUAGUAAAGAUUCUGGUGGAAUGCAAACAAGAAGUUCCACAUUUUUUGCAAUCAUAUAUGCCCCCUGAUAAUAAUUUGUAA